ACACAACCACUUCCUUGUAGUCCGACUGCACAGCUCCAUUCGUGUCGACUGCCCAGAGUCCACGAACAUAUAGCUCCUAACUACGGCAUUACUCAUCUGAACUACACAAAGUCUCAGGAGACCAUCUGGGCUGCCAGUUACAUUCCAAAAGUGUCUCCCAUCUCUGUUCAGACAUGUCACGCUACAGUUUUGGUCUGGAGCCACUUUCUUGCCACACCUGGAAUAAAGACAGGACACAGAUUGCAGUGAGCCCCAACAACAAUGUGGUAAACAUUUAUGAAAAUAAAGGCAGAGACUGGAUCAAGAUCCAUGAGCUUACUGAGCACAGUGGACGUAUCACAGGAAUUGACUGGGGCCCUGAGUCUAAUCGCAUCGUCACCUGUGCUUCUGACCGCAAUGCCUACGUGUGGACUCUAAAGGAUGGCUCGUGGAAGCCCACUCUGGUCCUCGUACGAAUCAACCGUGCAGCCACCUGUGUAAAGUGGUCGCCUCUGGAAAACAAGUUUGCCCUGGGCAGUGGAGCUCGACUCAUCUCCGUCUGCUAUUUUGAGAAGGAAAAUGAUUGGUGGCUGAGUAAGCACAUCAAAAAGCCCAUUCGCUCCACCAUUCUGAGCCUGGCUUGGCAUCCUAAUAACAUUCUUCUGGCAGCUGGGUCUGCGGACCUCCACUGCAGGAUUUUUUCAGCCUACAUAAAGGACAUCGAGGACAAGCCUGGACCCACUGCUUGGGGGGCCAAAAUGCCUUUUGGGGAGGUGAUGUUAGAGAAUAAGGACUGUGGAGGCUGGGUGCACAGUGUCUCCUUCUCCCCCAGUGGAGACCAACUGGCCUGGGUGGCCCACAACAGCAGCAUCACAGUAGCUGAUGCUACCCGGGGAAAGGAGGCAACACAGCUGACCAUUGACAGUCUUCCACUGCUGAGUGUCCUAUAUGUCAACCCCACUGAGAUCGUUGCCGCGGGUCAUGACUGUUGUCCCUACCAGUUCACCUAUAAGGGACCUGGCUCUCUGGCAUUUGUAAAGAAGCUAGACAUUUCAAAACAGUCUUCCAAGAGUGGCAUUUCAGCCAUGCAGCACUUCCGUAACCUGGAUAAGAGGGCUACUGAGGAUGACAGCAACGAGUUGGACACACUUCACCAGAACAGCAUAACGCAGUUGUGUGCUGUUAAGGGAAGAGCUAAAGUUGAGAAGUACAGUAGUGUGGGACUGGAUGGAGCCAUGGUAAUGUGGGAUUUUAAGCACUGAGACAAAGUAGGCUACAGGUUGUGGGUCUGCUUCCACCAAUCAAUAUUGGGAGACUCCUCUGCUGUUGAUUAUAACUGCAAAUAACCACAAUGACAGUGAUUUAAUUGAUUUUGAUUCUUGGAAAAUACUGUCAGUGUCAUGAUCUGUAUCAUCGUCCCUUUUUCAAUAAAAUGUCUUUCAAACAA